AUGUACCAGAGUUUAGCCAUGGCAGCUAACCCCGGCCCUCCGGCCUAGGAGGGGGCAGGUGGCUUCAUGCACGGCGCAGCGGCAGCGUCCCCCGUCUAUGUGCCCACCACGAGGGUCACCUCCAUGCUCUCCAGCCACUCCAUCUGGACUCAACCCGGAGCCGAAAGCGCCGCUUACAACCCUGGAUCUUCUCACCCUCCCGUGUCACCUCGGUUCUCCUUCUCCACCAGCACCCCCAUCCCUGCCACCUCUUCCCGGGAAGCCGCGGCGGCUUACAGCAGCUCCUUGAACCUUUCUGCUAACGGGAGGGAGCAGUACAGCAGGGGUUUCGGCAGCUCCUAUUCCAGCCCUUACCCAGCUUACAUGAGCCCCGAAAUGGCCACGACUUGGACUUCUUCACCCUUCGACAGCCCCAUGCUGCACAACCUGCAGAGCCGAGGGACGCCCGCGGCCGCCCGGCACGCCAACAUAGCAGAAUUUUUUGAUGAUUACUCGGAGGGGCGAGAAUGUGUCAACUGUGGGGCCAUGUCCACCCCACUCUGGAGGAGAGAUGGCACGGGGCACUACCUCUGCAACGCCUGCGGGCUCUACCACAAGAUGAACGGCAUCAACCGGCCCUUGUUCAAACCUCAGAGGCGGCUGUCGGCUUCCCGUCGCGUCGGCCUCUCUUGUGCCAACUGCCACACGACGACAACCACGCUCUGGCGCAGAAAUGCCGAGGGAGAGCCCGUCUGCAACGCCUGCGGACUCUACAUGAAGCUCCAUGGGGUUCCAAGGCCUUUAGCCAUGAGAAAAGAGGGCAUUCAGACGAGGAAGCGCAAGCCAAAGAACCUUAACAAAACAAAGACACCAGCAGGUCCAUCUAGCAGUGAGAGUCUUACCCCGACCACCAGCUCCACCAGCAGCAGCAGCAGCGCCACGACCACUGAGGAAAUGCGCCCCAUAAAAACAGAACCUGGGCUCUCAUCUCAUUAUGGGCACCCCAGCCCGAUUUCUCAGGCAUUCUCAGUCUCUGCCAUGUCUGGACACGGAUCAUCUAUUCACCCUGCGAUUUCAGCUCUGAAGCAUUCCCCGCAGGCUUACCAGUCAGCUAUCAGCCAGUCUCCACAAACCAGCUCCAAACAGGACUCCUGGAACAGCCUGGUGUUAGCUGAAAACCAUGGGGACAUCAUAACAGCAUAA